AUGGAGUUCAUGGGCAACUCCAGCGGCCACCCGGUGGUGCUCAACACCAACGUGUGGGCCAACGGCGACGGCAAGAAGGAGCACCAGUUCGACCUCUGGUUCGACCCCGCCGCUGACUACCACACCUAUACCAUCAUCUGGAACCCGGAGAACAUCCUCUUCAAAGUCGACAACCUCUUCAUCCGCUCCUUCAAGCGCUUCGGCGGCCUCCCCUACCCUAGCUCCAAGCCCAUGAGGCUGCACGCCACGCUGUGGGACGGCAGCUACUGGGCGACCGAGAAGGGCAAGAUCCCGAUCAACUGGUCCAACGCGCCCUUUGUCGUCUCCUACCGCAACUUCUACGCCAACGCCUGCGUCAGCGGCGGGGCGUGCCAUGCCGGCAGCGACAGUUGGAUGAAGAAGCAGCUCGACGGCGCCGAGUGGGGCAUCGUCAAAUGGGCGGAGCGCAGUUACAUGCGCUACAGCUACUGCGACGAUGGGUACAGGUUCCCGCAGGGGCUCCCCGCAGAGUGCAGCCGCUACUGA